UGUAGUGGCUAAUCAGUAAUCUGGUAAUCACAUAGUAUCAAUAUUCAAUAUUACUCUAUAAUACUCUUUUGAAUUACCAACAAGACUACAAAGUACAAAUGUGCCAAACUUAAUUUUUUUUUAAUACUGCCUGUGAUAAAUCGUUACAAUGCACAAAACGGAAGUUGACAUUCCACCUACCAUUCGAAAACGUCUAAUUCAUCUUUUUGGACUUAUCGAAAAGGAAUUCGAGACUGUGUGCCAAGAAAAUGUUGUUCUGCAGGAAAAAGUGGAGUCACUCACUGAGAAAGUUAACGAAAAGUACUUGACGACUGAACAAUUUCAAGUAAAUUCAAAACAAAAACCGCCGACUGGGCAAAAACUUAAAACUGCAGAAAAAUUAAAAGCACAAACUAGUAAAAUAGUAUCUAGCUUUAAAAGUCCUUCAGCUGCUAAUUGUCAGUUUGUAAAAGAAUAUGGCGGACACAGAGAUGGCUUGUGGGAUUUAGCGUUACCUCAUACUGGACAGCCUGUCAUUGGGACCUGUUCAGCAGAUCACACCGCAAGAAUAUGGUGUAUUGAAACUGGUACACCACUUUUACAAUACACUGGCCAUGCGGGAUCUAUUAAUUCUAUAAAAUUCCAUCCUAGUAAAGAUUUAGCUCUCACAUCAAGCGGUGAUCAAACUAUUCACAUUUGGCAGGCAGCUGUUAAUCUAGAUAAUUUAAGGGAUCGGGAAUCUGAUGACACCGAGACUGAAGAUGACCGAGUUGUCCCAAUAUUACGUACACCUUCAUGUACAUUUUUGGGACAUAAUGGGCCAGUUAUGGCUAGUGAUUGGUUACUGGGUGGUGAUCAAAUUAUUACUGCAUCAUGGGAUAGAACUGCCAAUUUGUAUGAUGUUGAAACCAGUGAACUGUUAAAUUCACUAACUGGACAUGAUGAAGAAUUAACUUAUACUUCUUCACAUCAUUCCCAGAAGUUGGUUGUCACUGCUUCUAGAGACACUACAUUUAGAUUGUGGGAUUUUCGAGAAGCUAUAAACUCAGUUUCAGUUUUUCAAGGUCAUACAGAUACAGUGACUUGUGCAGUUUUCACAUCUGCUGGACCUGGCGGAGAAGAUAAAUUAGUAUCUGGGUCAGAUGAUCGGUCCAUAAAAGUUUGGGAAUUACGUAAUAUGCGCUCUCCAAUUACUACUAUCAGAGCUGAAUCUGGUGUAAAUCGCUUUGCUAUUGCUUCUAAUGGUGUCAUCGCUAUUCCUCAUGACAAUCGACAAGUUAUGUUGUACGACAUGACUGGACAACGAGUUAACAGAAUACCCAGAACAGCUAGAAAUAGACAUAGACGUAUGGUAACAGCUGUUGCGUGGAGUGAAGAUAAUCCAUUUGCUAAUUUAUUUUCUUGCGGAUUUGAUCGAUUAGCUUUAGGGUGGUCUGUUCAGUUAUGUAAAGACUGAUCCUUAUUAAUAUAUCAAGUUCAGGUAUGUUAAGUAAUGGCUUGUCAUAUUUUUAUAAAUAAAAUUUUUACUUCUUUUUCUGUUUCCUGGUUUGUAUGUAUGUAUGUAUGUAUGUAUGUAUGUAUGUAUGUAUGUGUGUGUGUGUAUAAAUCCUAAUUUCUUUCUGUAAAACUCAAAAUCUUUUAAGUUACAUUUUUAAAUAUAUAUUGUAUUAACAUUGUUACAAUUUGUUUUUUUGCGUCCUGAUUUGUUAUUUUUUUUGUUGAUAGCCUAAUAGUAUAAACUAGUAUUUAUUAGAAUAUUUUAUAAGAAAAGUCAUAUUAUAUUUUUAAUUUUUAUUAAAAUAUUUAUUUAAUUUAAGUCUUUCAAAUAUCAUUAUAUUAUUAGUCAUGAGGAAUGUAAUCUAUGAAAUUCAAUGUGAUUCAGCAUGAACAAAAGAAAAAAUAGUCUGAUAGAAGUAACAAAUUACAAAGAAAUAUUAUACUUAUUACUUAUAUUAUAUUUAAUAUUUAUACUCCAAUACUUAAUAAUCUAUUAUUUAUAAGAAAUUAUACUGUCAUUACAGAACAUUUAUUUUUAAGAGCAACUUCUGAUCCAAUUAAUUACAUGAUAAUAUCAAAACUUAUAAUUUGUUGUAUAAUGACAAUUUCAUAAGAUAUAUAAUAUGUAAAUUAGAAUUUAAUCUGUUCCUUUGUUUGUAGUAUCAGUAUUCUUCUUUGUUAAUUUUAUUAUCACAAAAUAUAUAACAACUCUUUAAAACUGGAGUAUAAUUAUUUAAGAGGAUGUGAUACGAUACCUGCAUGUGUUGUCUCCGUCUUACUAGUGUGUAACAUACCAAAUUGUACGCUCAGCAGAACACGUAUAGCUCUGUUAAUUUAAAAAUAAUAGUGAAUUGACAUCUUACAAGAUCUAAAGGUAAAAUAAUUACCAAGGCAACCUAUUUUUAUAAUAUUUUAAUUUUAAAGUGAGUUAGAAUAUCUUAGAAUGUACAAUUUACAAUUUUAAAAUACUCGCUUUAAAAUUAAAAUAUAAUAAAAAGCCUAUGAGGUUGCCUAGAUAAUAAUCUUACUUUAAGAUUUUAUAAGAGGUCAAUUCACUCUAAUUUUUAAUUUAAUGGAGCUACAUGUGUUCAGCUGAGCGUAAAAUUUGUUAUGUUACGCACUUGUAAGACAGAGACAACACACGAGGAUAUCACGUCCUCUUAAGAAGAUACAGAUAUAAUGCCAAAAUCAGAUGGUGGUUCAAUUAUACAGUUUUUCAGUAUGCUUAUGAAAAAUAUGUAAUAUAAAAAUAACAAUAAAACUAGAAGGAUUAUAAGUAAGUUUGUUGAUCAAUCAACUUAAAAUGUUAUGAAUUAAUAACAGAUUUCCAUUCUUCAAUGAACUUUAAUGAAAAUUCAACAUAUUAUUGUAGUUGAAAAAUGUGUUAUUUUCAAUCACUUACCAGUUACUUGUAAAUGGGUUAAUAUUCUUCUUAUAAUAUUAUUGUUUAUUUGUUUAGAUAUUUCAAUAAUUAUUUGUUGUACAAUAAAAUGUAUACAAAAUUA